AUGCUCGAUGCCCUGGAGCUCGGUAUGGUCCUCGCGGACGCGAUCAACAGCGGGACGAGCGUGGAGGGGCAGGAGGCUGCCGUAGCGGCAUGGGAGAAGAGAACGAACGCCGCAAACCUCGUUGCGGGCAUUGUCGAGCCAACCGUCCCGGUUACCGGGAUGGUAGAGUACAUGGCGAACCCCGAGCUGAGGCGGAAGGCUUGA